AUGUGGGCAACUGAAGUAGUAGUGUCUUUGGUGCUAGGGCUGGUGGUCGUAGCUGUAGGGCAGUGGGUGUACAGAUGGAGGAACCCGAAAUGCGAUAAGGGCACUCUGCCUCCUGGUUCCAUGGGGCUGCCCUUCAUCGGGGAGACGUUUCAGUUCUUCAGCCCCAGCAGGUCGUUGGACGUCCCACUUUUCCUCAGCUCAAGAAUCCAAAAGUACGGGAAGAUAUUCAAGACGAGCGUGGCGGGGAGGGCGGUGGUGAUGUCGGCGGACCCGGAUUUCAACCACUUCAUACUCCAACAGGAAGGCAAGCUGGUGGAGCUGUGGUACAUGGAUUCCUUCGCCGAGCUCGUCGGCCAGCGCGGCCCGCUGAAGGAAGUCGCCACCGCCGGGAGCCUGCACAAGAACCUGAAGAAGCUCAUUCAGGAGCACAUUGGCAUCGAGAGCUUGAAGGGAGACCUGUUGGGCUUCAUGGAUCGGGUCGUGAAUCGGACUCUGGACUCGUGGACGACGGGACGCGUGGAAGUCAGAUCUGCCACCGCCAAGAUGACGAUGGAUUUGAGCUUAAGUAUAAUGUUAGGUUACGACCCCUUAACCACCGACCCAAAUCUCAGCAAGAUGUUCACCGAAUUCAGACGUGGCCUACUCUCCUUCCCACUCAAGUUGCCCGGCACCGUUCUUCAUUCCUGCUUGCAAAAUCAGAAGAAAAUUAUUACGAUGAUUACGAAUACAAUGAAGUCGAAACGAGAUCAGCGACACGAUUCAUCGUCAUCAAGUACUGCAGAAACACCAACAACGGGAGCUAAUUACGACAUGUUGGAUCGUCUCAUCGACGACGAGAAAUUACAGACCUCCGUGAGCGACAGAGGCAUCGGUUACGUGAUGUUCGCUCUUCUCUUCGCCAACGCCGAGACGAUUCCCGCCGUUUUGACGCUGGUGAUGAAGCUGUUGCACGAGAAUCCGCUUGCUAUGGAAGAACUUGUGAAAGAGAACGAAGAGAUUCUUCGGGCAAGAGAAAGCAAAGAGGGCGAGGUGACUUGGAAGGAAUAUAAAUCCAUGAACUUCACCAUGAAUGUUAUCAAUGAAAUACUUCGACUAAAUGGUUCAUUAGGGAUCAUAAGAAGAGCAAUCGAUGACAUUCACGUAAAUGGGUAUGUGAUUCCAAAAGGAUGGACGAUUGCCGUCAUGCCAACGGCCGUUCACAUGAAUUCGGAUUCUUAUGAAGACCCUCUUUCUUUUAAUCCAUGGAGAUGGAAGGGGACCAAUGCAAGCUCAAAAAACUUCAUACCGUUUGGAGGAGGAAUGAGAACAUGUGUUGGAGCUGAUUACAGUAGAGCUCUCAUGGCAGUCUUUGUGCACGUUCUUGUCACCAAAUACAGGUGGAAGACCAUUAAAGGAGGAGAAGUUUAUAGAGCUCCAACACUGCAAUUUGGAGAUGGCUAUUACGUUGAGCUCUCCAGGAAAUAA